CAGAGAGAGAAAUCAGCUUGAAACUUGAGGGAGUGUCUGUUUCCGGCUCUAUAGUCGUUGGCAUGCAGCUGUCAAGAUCAAACAUAAAUAAAUAAAUAAAUAAAUACUAAAAAGUGGGCUAAACAGCACAGCAACACACAGCCACAUCCUUUAACAUUCAUGUAAGUUCAUCAUUCAUGAUUCAAGAUCAUUCAUGUAAGACAGUAAUUUUAUUUAUUUAAUUAUUAUUAUUAUUAUUUUUUUAAGUUUACACCAGCUGUUCCUGCAAGAGUAUCCCCAUCAUACACACAUUCACACAUUCAGGGUUGCCAGAUUAAAGGAUCUGUUUCUAAUCCUGUCCCAAACUAUAAAACAAAUCCCACUUUAACUAACUAACUAACUAACUAACACCUAUCAGCACAUUGCUAUACGUUUGUACACUAAUCCAACAAUGGGAUUAAUAACAUCCCUGUUUGUGAAUCACAAUCUGGCAACCCAGACUGUAUGGAAACUUUUGAGAAAGCACUCGAGUAGUGUGUUAGUUUUCUCCAUUUUGAGUGAAACCACAACAAGAAGACUGGGAAAUGAGAAAAAAAAAAUAUGCUCACAUGACAAAAAGGACAGAUGUUGAUUCUUCAGGGAAAUACAGCACAGCAUUCAGUUUUUAAAAUGUGCAGAACGGUUUGAGAUGCAGUCAUGUAGUACAGAAGAAGUAUUGUUGUCAUGUUCGAUGAUCACUCAGUGCAGUGACACACAUCAGUAGCUAGUAGCUUGAAGUGACUAUACCUCAUUAUACAGUACAAAGGAGUCUAAUCUCUAAAACAAGAGCAUCUGAAUUAUGGUCAAAGAAUGUCUUAACAAUCUAUUAUUUGUUAAAGGAAAAAAAAUCCACCAUGAAUUACAUGCAUAUCAAUAUUUGUAAUCAAUGUGUUAUCUUGAAUUGUGCAAAAUGUUCACUUUGGUUAAUGGUUUCUUAUAUUACCCACAAUGACAUUCACCUAUUUGCUGAUAGUGGCAUGAGCAGUAGUACAUCCUUACCUAAAGAGAACGAUGCAGCAGUGCUUUAAUCUUAUCUCCUCAUCUGUACACUCUGCUCAAACAGAUAAGGUUCUAAAGCUUUAACUUUCAUGGUAAUAUCACCCCUCGAUGCCACUACGCUUGUCGUCUCAUAGAUCGCUAACUAGCCAUAACUUAGUUCAACUGCGUCGUAUAGCAGCAUUGCAUACUAAAGCUUGGUGUCUGACGUCUCCACUAGUUCUGCAUUAGACGUGUCAUUAAUAUGACAUCGAACGUCACAGGAAAUUGGUGCAUGAGAAUGAGAAGUGCGUGAGAAGUGCUUUUGUGUUUAAGAGCUAACCUGCCUGUUAUCCCUUAUGUUUGAGAUUGUUGAAAAUUUUUCUCCUAUUAAAUGCCAUUGUAACUGUGCUAGCAAUGUCCUCCUAUGACAUCAGAGCAGCACAUGACCAUUAACUUCUCACGGGAAUAAUGAGAAAUACAGCUUCAACCAACAAAUUAGCACCAGAACCCCUAAACACAUCACAAUACUUCAGUAUGAAGGCAUUUAAUGUGUUUCAGCAUGGAGUUUCCUUUAAUCAUUAUUGUAGUCCUGGAAGAAUGCAAGAGAUCCAAUCACUAAAGGUUUAUAUUGCGCUGGGAUCAUGUUUACCAGAUGUACCAGAUGAAAGGCAAAUCAUUUUGGUCAACAAUGCAGUCCAGUCUGUAAUGCUUCACUGUUCCAUCCAUCCAUUUUGUGUACUGCUUAUCCUACACAGGGUUGUGGUGGAGCCUAUCCCAGGGAACACCCUGGAUGAGAUUGGAAGAUAUGACUAGAUUGGAAAAUAUGUCAGACCAGCAAAGUUAAGGUCAUCUUAUCGUGUAGACAGAGUGCUCAAUGGGCACUAUUCACACAAUUUGGAAAUGCCAAUACAACACAUGUCUUUCGACAAGGGGAGGAAACCCCCAAAGCACAGGGGGGAACAUGCAAACUCCACGCACACAGGGCCGAGGCAGGACUCAAACCCCAACCCUGGAAAUGUGAGGCAAAUAUGCUAACCACUAAGCCACCAUGACCCCCGUACUUUACUGUUGUCUUUUUCAAACUGAUUUUGAUAUGUUACCAAUAUAAACGCUCCCUGGUAUUAGCCAGUAUUUGAUUUUAAUCCCAUACUAACAUUCUCACGGAGCCUAGUCUCUGCUAGCGUCUACUGUUACAUUUGUGUCUUGGGUUCAAGUGUAUGAUCUGAGUUGUGUCAGUCAACAUCAUACAUAUAUUCAUGGCACAAAAUACGUCAGUGGGCCAGAUUGGAAAAUAUGUCAGACCAGCCCAGUAAAGUUAAGAUCACCUCCCUCAUCUUGUAGAGAGAGUGCUCAAUGUGACAAUGUGCAAUUCAGACAACACACACACAGCCAAAGUUGGCACAACAUGCAUGCAUUGCGUCUCAACAGUGUCACUUGCAGCUCGUUUACUAAUCGCAACGUCAUUGUUAAUACAUUGUUGUUGGAAUAUGUAUUCAGUUGCAGAUUUUAGUCAGUCAUGUGUUAACAGCUACACAACCUGCAAAAAGUAGACUGUAUCAGUUAAUCACCGGAGGAGAUUUGAAAGGAAUCGCAUUACAUGGCUAGACUGUGUAGGUGAAAUAAUCAUCACUAAGAGGAGGCGCUGUCUUCCAGCACUGAUGGAUGUAAAUCAUUACACUAAAGGGUGGCUGAAAACAGUGACUGAUCAAAUGAAUUAUCUUGAGGGACUUCUGUGUGGGGCAACAGAACAACGUUCGGUCUGUCGUUUGAAUCCCUACAUCUCCACAGCAAAGGAGCUAACGGAGAAAAAUUAGCCAUGCUCAUUGAGUGGGAGGGAUGGGAUACUCUCCUCUCUCUAUCUCCUGUCAAUCAUAGCAAUACUAGCCACUUAUGGGUGUCUGUGAGCUUGUGUAUGCAGAAGAGGAUAAAUAGCUUUUUCCUCAGAAUGUGUUAUGCUGCCCUGUGAUGCAGCAGCUUGAAAAGAUGCGGUUGGCUCUCUUCGCAUGUCUCAGUGUGUUAGCCUUCACUCUCCCUGGUAGGUAGCUGUUAUAUGGUAGGGCAGAGGUGGCUAGUGGGUAGGAGUUAGCAGAUGACCAAAUUGGAGAGAAAAUGGAGAAAGAAAACUUUCGACUUCUUUCCAAUUAGCAAGCAAUGUUGUUGUUUUUCAGACGUAAAUUGUGCACUUUGUGUCAAUCUUAUUUGGGAAUGAGUGUGGGAAACUCAUUCCUAAUUCCAUACAGAUUUUCCUUUGUCAAACUGAGUCAUUAUCCAGCAUGAAGUCUGACUCUGAAGUCAGACGCCCAGACAAGGUUAGAAAGUAGCGGAAAUAAAAAAACGUUUCCAUGUUGUUUUGGUAAAAUAUGUUCAUCUUUUAGAGAUGUCAGAGUAUAUUAUUGGCAGACGAACUCACUUUUCUUCAGAAUUCAGCCACAGCGACAUCCGUUGGGUUUUCCUGGACUGACACACAUAUGAUUGCAAUACUGGAAAUUCUGAUCUUUCUUUAACUACAGCAAAAAAAAAAAUUGUUUGUUUAAUUACACAUAGGUUUUAUCACUAAAAUCCAAACACCUACAGUAGAUUUUGAUUCAGCUCAGAAGUCUUAGUUCUGCAAGAGAUUUUGCUCAGAGUGAGAUCGCUGAGUUUCAGUUCAUUCUGACAUAAGAUUUAGGUCCCUGUCUUGGGUGCCUGUGAGAGUGAGACGUCUUUCUGAUUCCCUCGUGAAGUAAGGUGAAUGUGGAGUGGAAUUAGGAAGGAAGGAAACACAGUGUUUCCUCAUAUUGUGCAGCGUGGGAAGGGCCGGCCAUUGCCCGCUGACAGGCGUUUCCUCCCAGAGCCGUCCACAUUCACACUCUGGGGUGGAGACUGUUCUCCCGGCACAGCUGGUGUCAAGAGUGUGUCAGUAGGUCAGUGAUCAUUUCAACAUUCAGGCUUGCCUCAUUUUUAGGUCUAGCUAUUGCUAUGGCGACCAGUGCUGUGCCUAGCGACAACCUCCCCACCUAUAAGCUGGUGGUGGUGGGCGACGGUGGCGUGGGAAAGAGCGCCCUCACCAUCCAGUUCUUCCAGAAAAUCUUUGUGCCUGACUACGACCCGACCAUCGAGGACUCCUACCUGAAGCACACCGAGAUCGAUGGCCAGUGGGCAAUUCUGGAUGUACUGGACACAGCAGGCCAGGAGGAGUUCAGUGCCAUGCGUGAGCAGUAUAUGAGGACUGGAGAUGGCUUCCUCAUUGUGUUCUCCGUCACAGACAAGGCCAGCUUCGAGCACGUUGACCGAUUUCACCAGCUCAUCCUCAGGGUUAAGGAUCGAGAGUCCUUUCCCAUGAUCCUUGUAGCUAAUAAAGUGGACUUGGUUCAUUUGAGGAAGGUGACGAAUGAACAGGGCUGUGAGAUGGCUGCCAAACACAAUAUCACUUACAUUGAGACGAGCGCUAAGGAUCCGCCAAUGAACGUGGACAAAGCCUUUCACGAGCUGGUCAGAGUAAUUAGACAACAAGUACCGGAGAGGAAUCUGAAGAAAAAGAAGAAGAUGAAAUGGCGAGGAGACCGAGCUGCCGCUUCUCCCAAACUCCGCUGCAUUAUAUUGUGACCGCCUGCUCCAUCUGCUCAAUACAGAACGGUUUCUCAGUCUCACAUAGCUGUGAUUGGCAGGGAAGCACGAAAUAAAAAAACAGCCAGGCCAAGAAGAAGCUGACAAGACAUCUUAAAAGGUUAACAAAGAUGCAGUGGUUUUGCACACGUGCAGAGACGAGUGGAGAAGAGGUUACUGGCGUGCAGUCGUUCAGUCCUGUUCUUCACUUGAUUGUCACAAGCGUAAAGGGUGUUGGCUGCAGUCCAAGUGCUCAGUGGGAGUGGACAGUGUUUUGUCUUAUCGCUUUGUGUCUCUGUACUGAUAUGAAGUGUUAAGUUGUAGUUUGGCCAAAGAGAAGCCAGUCAUUAGCACUGAAAGUUGCUAAUGCUGUAUUGGGAAUUUGGGAUACCUCCUCAACAUGGCCUUUACUGUUAAGCACAAAUGUACAGGUGUGACUGAAAUGGACCUUUUUGCACUUUGAUAUUUGAUAUUGCACAAAUAUCACAUCAUGCGGUCAACAUAUUAAAGAGAUAGCAUUUCUGCCUUUGCUGAAGGCUUUGGUUGUAAACAGCUAAAAAAAAUAUAGAUGUUGCACUUAUGUAGGCUGCUCAUUCAGUUUUAUUUUAAUUUCCUUUUUUGUAUUUUUAAACCUUACUGUCUUUCGUUGUAUUAAGGAUGCAUUUCUUAUUCUAUUUUAUCACAUCAGCUUUUAGCCGCACUAACAACUUUCAAAUGUUGGCCCCUAAACACUGGGGGCCCAUUUUCUUUUCCAUCUUUAUUAUCAGACCAGCUUAAAUAUGUUAGGAAAUGUUUGUUUUUAUUUUUUUUUUAUUUUUUUUUUUUUAUUUAAAUAAUUGUCUCUUACUUUAUUGAGUUAAAUUUACUUUAGUCCAAAUACGUCCAGUGCAUGAAGGAUAUAUCGCUUCUGCUUAGCUUAGCGAUUGAGGUUCUGUGCUAGUGACCAUGAAAGCUGGUUGAAAUUUUCAAAUUUUCCGCUAUUUCAAAUCCCACAACUGCCUGAGAGCAACUGGAUUUGAUUUUGCUUUACUCAAGUUGAUAAAAGGAUCCACCAGUGAUGCUGCUGUAAUACUGCCACACUAUUCCUCUGAAUUAGGAAACCUAUAGGUGCACAAAUAUGAAGAAUAAUGCACAUUAAAUCAACUCCAUUGAAGGUUGAUGUUGAAUCUAAUUAUGGAAAGUGAAAAUAUAUGGGAUCAAAUCAUACUUCAUUGAAGAUUUAUUGAAGGUUUUUUCCAUUGCUUUUUCCCCCAUAGUUGUUGGACUUUAUAUUCUCUAUAAAACCUUUUCAUGGCCAAAAGCAGGAAGUUGACAUACAACAUAUAUGUGAGAUUAAACCAGGUUAAAGGGUUAUAACAUCAUCUCAGAGGGAAAUUACCUGUCCUUAAGCUUACCUUUCUCAGCAUCAGCAGGAGCUUCAGGAGCAGCGUUUAGGAAAUAUAAGCCUUGUGCUUACGCGCGCUCUCUCUCUUUUUUUUUUUUUCUUUUCAGGAUUUCAGGGGUUCUUUGAUAGUUAAGAGUUCAUAAGAGGGUUAUCAUGGAACUCUCUUUACUCAAUAGAGCUUCAGUAAUGAAUGAAAUUUUAGGGGUUUUCCCAAAACAACGAACCAGAGAAGAUUUAGGAGUUCCAGAUUUAACCUUGUUUUAAAGAAUGUAUUGUCUUUGAUGCGUGGUGUGAGGCACCGAUCCCUGAGGGGAACCCAAAGACUCCAUGCCUUAGACAUUAACAUUAUAACAAAUGGCCAGUGUUUACAUUUAGCGUUUAUAAUGGGAUAGUGAAGUGAACAUAAAGAUCACAGACUAAUGUAUGAUGUAAUUACAUAUUCGUGGGCACACAAACCUUGUCUAUUUUCAUUGUUGUGAAUAUGUGAAGGUUAAAUUGUGACAUUACUUGUAGUGUUGUUAAAAGAACUGAGGAUCUUUAGGUGUACAAAUAAAUUUGAUUGCUCCCAGCUUUCAUACAAUCAUUUUAUUUAAAUGAAUCACCAUGUAUUAUAUGUUAGUGUUAUUAUUUCCAUAACAAAUGCAAUAUAAACUAAGACCUUUUUUUGCGAGACAAUAAUCUGUCGUAAUUCCUCCAUGUAAUGGGAUUUAUUACAUGUAGGAAGUGACUGACAAGCACACCGUUUCUCUCCAUCUCCACAUUUUCUAAUAAACUGGGGAUCCUAUUUAAAUGUGUCUUUAAUCACCUUUGCAGUAUUAAAAUAAUACUGUGACAUGCUAUUAAACAUAUACAACCUUGCCAAAAGAAAUUCAGAGAAGGUGCUAUUGUGCAUUGUUUGUUACAUGUUAAAUAUGUACGCAAUGUUUUAAGCAGUUACGUUUAGGUACAUCUGUAUUGAGGGUGUAUUCAUUUUGUCAAUUGUAUUUUCCCAUUCCUCUUUAUUUAUUUCAAUUUCUGUUAUUCCUAAUAAAGAAUUCAAUGCAAAUCA